UCUUCGCCUAAAUCAGGAGAAACCAAACUUGGGGAAACAUGUUUGCGGUACAUUUGCUGGCAUUUUACUUCACCAAGCUAAAAGAGGAUCAGAUCAAGAAGGUGGACAGAUUCCUGUAUCAUAUGCGGCUCUCUGAUGAGACCCUUCUGGACAUCAUGGCCCGGUUCCAGGUUGAGAUGGAUAAGGGCCUGGGGAAGGACACCAACCCCACGGCCUCGGUGAAGAUGCUGCCCACCUUUGUCAGGGCCAUUCCAGAUGGCUCAGAAAAUGGGGAAUUCCUUUCCCUGGAUCUUGGAGGAUCCAAGUUUCGAGUCUUAAAGGUGCAAGUCUCUGAGGAAGGGAAACGAAAUGUCCAGAUGGAGAGUCAGUUCUACCCAAUGCCCAAUGAAAUCAUCCGGGGAAACGGCUCGGAGCUGUUUGACUACGUGGCUGACUGCCUGGCAGAUUUCAUGAAGACCAAAGACUUGCAGCACAAGAAACUGCCCCUUGGCUUUACUUUUUCUUUUCCCUGCAAACAGACUAAGUUGGAAGAGGGUGUCCUGCUUUCAUGGACCAAGAAGUUCAAGGCACGGGGCGUUCAGGACACGGACGUAGUGAGCCGCCUGACCAGAGCCAUGAAAAAACACAAGGACCUGGAUGUGGAUAUCCUGGCUUUAGUCAAUGACACCGUGGGGACCAUGAUGACAUGUGCCUAUGAUGAUCCCUACUGUGAAGUCGGUGUGAUCAUUGGAACUGGCACCAACGCAUGUUACAUGGAGGACAUGAGCAACAUUGACCUUGUGGAAGGCGACGAGGGGAGGAUGUGCAUCAACACAGAGUGGGGGGCCUUCGGGGAUGAUGGGGCCUUGGAGGACAUCCGCACCGAGUUUGACAGGGAGCUGGACCUUGGCUCGCUCAACCCGGGGAAACAACUGUUUGAGAAGAUGAUCAGUGGCUUGUACCUGGGGGAGCUCGUCAGGCUCAUCUUGCUGAAGAUGGCUAAGGCUGGCCUCCUGUUUGGUGGUAUGAAAUCCUCUGCUCUCCACACUAAGGGCAAGAUCGAAACACAACAUGUGGCUGCCAUGGAGAAGUACAAAGAAGGCCUUGGUAAUACAAGAGAGAUCCUGGUGGAUCUGGGCCUGGAGCCCUCUGAGGCCGACUGCAUUGCUGUCCAGCAUGUCUGCACCAUCGUCUCCUUCCGUUCCGCCAAUCUCUGUGCAGCAGCGUUGGCGGCCAUCCUGACGCGCCUCCGGGAGAACAAGAAGCUGGCGAGGCUCCGGACCACGGUGGGCAUGGAUGGCACACUCUACAAGAUACACCCUCAGUACCCCAAACGCCUGCACAAGGUGGUGAGGAGACUGGUCCCAAACUGUGAUGUCCGCUUCCUCCUGUCAGAGAGUGGCAGCACCAAGGGGGCCGCCAUGGUGACGGCAGUGGCUUCCCGUGUGCAGGCCCAGAGGAAACAGAUUGAUGAGGUGCUGGCCUUGUUCCAGCUGACCCAGGAGCAGCUGGUGGGCGUGCAGCACAAGAUGCGGACUGAGCUCGAGUACGGGCUGAAGAAGAAGACGCAGGCGCUGGCCACAGUCAAGAUGCUGCCCACCUAUGUCUGCGGGAUGCCCGAUGGCACAGAGAAAGGAAAGUUCCUGGCCCUGGAUUUAGGGGGGACUAACUUCCGGGUCCUCCUGGUGAAGAUCAGAAGCGGACGGAGGUCAGUGCGAAUGUACAACAAGAUCUUUGCCAUCCCCCUGGAGAUCAUGCAGGGCACUGGCGAGGAGCUGUUCGACCACAUCGUGCAGUGCAUCGCCGACUUCCUGGACUACAUGGGCCUCAAGGGUGCCCGGCUGCCUUUGGGCUUCACCUUCUCCUUUCCCUGCAGGCAGAUGAGCAUUGACAAGGGAACACUCAUAGGGUGGACCAAAGGCUUCAAGGCCACCGACUGUGAAGGGGAGGAUGUGGUGGACAUGCUCAGAGAAGCCAUCAAGAGGAGAAAUGAGUUUGACCUGGACAUAGUUGCAGUUGUGAAUGACACAGUGGGGACCAUGAUGACCUGUGGCUAUGAAGAUCCUAAUUGUGAGAUUGGCUUGAUUGCAGGGACAGGAAGCAACAUGUGCUACAUGGAGGAGUUGCGGAACAUUGAGCUGGUGGACGGGGAUGAGGGCAAGAUGUGUAUCAACACAGAGUGGGGAGGAUUUGGAGACAAUGGCUGCAUAGAGGACAUCAGGACCCAGUACGACAAGGAGGUGGACGAGGGGUCCUUGAAUCCUGGCAAACAGAGAUAUGAGAAAAUGACCAGUGGCAUGUACCUGGGGGAGAUCGUGCGGCAGAUCCUAAUUGACCUGACCAAACAGGGUCUCCUCUUCCGAGGGCAGAUUUCAGAGCGACUCCGGACCAGGGGCAUCUUUGAAACCAAGUUCCUGUCCCAGAUUGAAAGCGACCGGCUGGCCCUCCUCCAGGUCCGGAGGAUCCUGCAGCAGCUGGGCCUGGACAGCACGUGUGAGGACAGCAUUGUGGUGAAGGAGGUGUGUGGAGCCGUGUCCCGCAGGGCGGCCCAGCUCUGUGGCGCAGGCCUGGCUGCCAUCGUGGAAAAGAGGAGAGAAGACCAGGGGCUGGAGCACCUGAAGGUCACCGUGGGCGUGGACGGCACCCUGUACAAGCUGCACCCGCACUUUUCUCGGGUACUGCAGGAAACAGUGAGAGCACUAGCCCCCCAGAGUGACGUGGCGUUCAUGCUGUCAGAAGACGGCAGUGGAAAGGGAGCGGCUCUCAUCACUGCUGUGGCCAAGAGGACACAGCAGUCACGGAAGGAGAACUAGGAGUCCCCAAGGUCGGGCCUGACGCACCUCGGAUACUCACCAGCCCUUCCUCUGGCAGAUGAGUGGGUCAGGGACCAAAAGGCCACCUCCCGACGGACUUCCCAUUCUUGGUGGCUGAAAGAGGACCCCA